AUGGAAAAAGAAAGAGCAAUGCGCUUCUCAAUGGAUUCAAUUUUAGCGACAACUUCGAGUUCGAGUUCGAGUUCAGAAAGUAGCGAGGAAAAACCGCCGACUUUGGAACCGCAAAUCAGUUUGGCUGAUUUGAAAAGGAAACGACCAAGGUCUGAAGGAGAUGACAAUGAGGAACAACCGGUGCUGAAAUAUUCAAGAGGUAAGAUUUGCGUCUCCCACUCCAAAUCUAAUUUUCAAAUAUUUUUUCCAGAUGCUGAAAAACCUCCGAGUCGAGAAUCAUCAUCUGAUGAACGUCAAAGCACAUCUGCUCCAGAUCCAAAAGAUUCCGAAGAAAUAUCAGACGAAGAUGAAGAGGAGGAUGUUGGAUCCGAAGAAGAUGAAGAUGAAGAAGGUUCGGAUGAAGAUCGUCGAAAAAAUGGAGGAGGUGCCGCAAAACCGGCGUAUAGUUAUAUUGCUCUAAUUGCGAUGGCUAUUCUAAAUGCACCUGAUAAGAAGUUGACACUCUCACAAAUUUGUGAUUUUAUUAUGAAUCGAUUUGCGUAUUAUAAGUGAGUUUCUUUCUUGGAAAUUAUGUUAACAUUUUUCCAAUCUUUUUGAUUUUCAGAGAAAAAUUUCCCGCUUGGCAAAACUCAAUUCGCCAUAAUCUGAGUCUCAACGAUUGUUUUGUAAAAGUUCCACGAGAACCAGGAAACCCGGGGAAGGGAAAUUAUUGGGCUUUGGAUCCGGCGGCCGAAGACAUGUUUGACAAUGGAUCAUUUUUGCGACGAAGAAAAAGGUUUGUUAUUUCUUUUGUGCUUCUCUGCAUCUCGCUCUUUCUCUUCAUUUUUGCUGGUUCCCAAGGAGCAACAACAACUGUUUCGAUAAUUUGUCACCAAUUUGUUGUCAUUAAUCGCACCCGCCUCUUCUGGCACACUGAAUUUUGAUUUAAAAAAGUGAAAAAGAGAGAGAGGAGAGAGAAAAAGAGAGGUCGCGCAAUAAAAUAGAAAUUUGGAUACAGUAAAAACGCGAUUAUUUUUUCUAAUUCCAAAAUGAUUCCAGAUACAAAAAAACAUCCGAAGAGCAUCAUCAAGAAAUGCCACGCAUCCCCUAUCCACCAUUUCUUCCACCCGCAAUCCUUCUCCCAACAAUGCCUGCCCCUCUACAAAUCCCACCAACAAAUGUGGCGCCAAGACCGUUAGCCCAUCAUCAUCAUCCACAUCAUUUCUUUCUUCCACCACACAUCGAUCAUCAGAAAUUAUUAUCAAUGAUGGCGUCGAGAAUAAAUGCAAAUGAAAGAGCCUCGGCCUCGGAUUGA